CAGGGACAGUCGGGCCUUAUAAAGCACUGGCAGUCAGGGCCCAGCACGCUGCGCCGGAGGCUGCCCCAUACCCUUCUCCUGUCCAGCUCCUGCCCGCUUGGACAGGGCCAGCUCUGCCUGUGAAUGAGCCACCGGACCUCCUCCUCCUUCAGAGCGGAGAGAAGCUUCCAUUCCUCCUCCUCUUCCUCCUCCUCCUCCUCCUCCUCGGCCUCCCGUGCCCUCCCACCGCAGGACCCACCCAUGGAGAAGUCCCUGAGCUUGUUUUCUGAGGACUUCGGCAGCUUCAUGCGGCCCCACUCGGAGCCCCUGGCCUUCCCAGCCCGCCCGGGGGGACCAGGCGGCGUCAAGACCCUUGGAGAUGCCUACGAGUUUGCAGUGGACGUCAGAGACUUCUCCCCUGAGGACAUCAUCGUCACCACCUCCAAUAACCACAUCGAGGUUCGGGCUGAGAAGCUGGCGGCGGAUGGCACAGUCAUGAACAACUUUGCGCACAAGUGCCAGCUGCCAGAGGAUGUGGACCCAACCUCAGUGACCUCAGCCCUGCGGGAGGACGGCAGUCUCACCAUCCGGGCACGGCGUCACCCACACACGGAGCACGUCCAGCAGACCUUCCGGACAGAGAUCAAAAUCUGAGGACCUCGGUCCCUGCCCGCCCCACUCUCCCCCUCCCCGACUGACCAGCCUUGAGUCUGCUGAACCCCAGGACAUCUCAGCCUAACUCCCACCCCCAAAACCCCAGGCCCCAGGUGGGCAUCAUCCCCAAACUAGGGCCCUUCCCUCUACCCAGGGCAGGCCAGCGACCCCUCACCUCACUAUGGCCCCCAGAUUCCACAUAUGUUGUCUCUCCAUUCAGAAUUGAGGGGCUGGGUAGGGACAGAAAGGUCCUAAAGACCCACUGAGGAAGGCAAUGGGGUCAGGCAGGGCCUCUGGGUACAUGAUCUGCAGGACAGACAGACAAAUGCCCUGUCUCCCUCUGAUCUGCCGAGCCUCUCUCUCAGAGGUGGGGGAACUGGGAACUGGGGGUCCCCUGGCAAAGCAGAGCAGAUCAGGCUGAGGGAAGGUCAUAGGUGAAGUGUCUGUCCAGGUGGGACUGCUGGAGGGAAGCCGGGAGGGCACAGCUGGGAGGGACACCUCCCCUGGCUGCCCUCCAAGCCCCAAACCAGCUGGCAGGCCGCCUGCUGCCCUGCGCCGCAGCCAGCUAUGCCCAGUCAGGGAAUGUCAUGUCUGCACAGGUGGAGUUUUUCCAAUACAGCUGGUUCGUGACAAACUGGGUGAAAUCCUGCUGUCCCCUUCCUGCUUGGUGCCCACAGGCGUGGGGGACUUGUCCUCCCCACUGUGGGCCAGGGGCCACUCCCCCUGCAGACAAGGUCCCAGACAGCGACCCAGUUUCCUGCUCACACACACACACACUCACACCCAUCCCACCUCCAUUUGUGCAUCCAGGGUAAGUGUGUAACCCACACCUCAUGCCCCACUGUCCUUCGCAUCCUCAUGUCACCACUGAGUGGGGCCGAAUCAGAGACCCUAAAAGUGGAUCCAGCCAUUCAGUUUAUAUCAGUGGGGAAGCGGAGUCUCCAGUGAGCCUGGGCCCCCAGCCUUUGUCACUGGAGGCUGGAUGGGAACCCAGGAUGUCAGCUAUUGUCAGCCCUGCUCUGGGCCCCAGGGAGUCCCUCACUCUGUUCCUCAGGCUCUGCGCCCUGGUCUAUAUGGUCCUGCUAGGGUGGAGGGGGGCAUAGGAAGAGCCAGAACCCUGCUUCCUCCUGGGCAGGGGUGAGGGUAGCAGGCAGCUGAGAGAUGGGGCCAUCUCUGCCCCCUGCUUCUUGGCUGGGCGCACUGAGGGUGGCCUCUGACCCAUCAUCCUGGGGCACUGGGGGAGGGCUGCGGGCGGUGGGAGAGUCGACUGGCACUGUAACCUGUACACACAAUAAAGACAGUGUCACGGA